CAUGAAGCGAGCAGCAGCAUUGCUUACGCAGAAGAUUAAUCUGCUUCCUUCCGUACCCCAGGUCGACAUCCCUGCGUUCUUUUCCAAAUCAGUGGAAGACCUCAAACAAAUAGUCAAACAAGGACCUCCCUUUACUCUUACAGACCUGCCAGCAUACAUUGAUGCAUCAAGGAACAUCAAGUCGGGGAUCAAUGACAGGGAGUUUUUGGUAGAGAAACUUUUGAUAUUGAUGUUGCGCCUUCCUGACGACUCAGCCUUCGCCAAACAACUUCAGAUUUCCGUGAUCGAUAUCCUUUAUAAGGACCUUCCUCACCUGCCUUGCACUUUCUUGAAGAAUCCUGUAAUAGCGCCUCUAUCCAGCUCCAGGGGCAAGCCAUACAUCUUCUGCAGUGCUGAUGGCUCUGAUUAUUCGUUCUCUAUGCCGAACCUUGGUCAAGCAGGCCAACCAUAUGUGCGAUCGGUGCCUUCUACACACAUUCCGUCGUGUUAUCCGUUACCAGAUCCAGGAGAAAUCUUUGACACCCUUCUGCUUCGCUGUCAGGAUGACUUCAUCCCUCAUCCUGGAGGCCUUUCCAGUUUAUUCUUCGCAUUUGCAAAUCUCAUUAUUCACAGU